AUUGUACUCAUUUGGCCAAUUGCUGUCCUCGCCAAUUUUUUCUUUUCUUCGGAAUUACUGUAUCAGCUCGUCGAUCGAGAAAACAUGAAGAAGCGAAGGCCACCACUGCUUCACUUCCGCAGUAUCGUACGACAACUAUCGCUAGCCGGCGUCGGAGCUGUCGUCCUUCUGAUUCUGCUGGUCACGACCUGUUCUCCCUCCAAGUCCACUUACCACUCCCUCUUUCUCCGCUUAUCCUCCAACGACACUGCUGCCCGCCACCUCCACGCCCUCACCCGCCGUCCACACGUUGCCGGCUCCAAAGCCAACGCCGACGCCGCAGCCUACGUCCUCGAAACCCUAUCUUCCGCCUCCAUCCCAGCUCACAUCGUCUCCUACGAUGUUCUUCUGUCCUACCCCGUUCAUCGCUACCUUUCCCUCUCCUCAGAGGCCGCGGCCCCUUCCGUCUCCUUUGAUCUCGUCCAGGAAAUCUACCCCGGCGAUCCCUACGCCGAUGUGGCCGCCGAGGUCCUCCCGACGUUUCACGCCUACGCUCGCUCCGGCACUGCUGCCGGCGAAGUGGUAUAUGCCAACUACGGCCGUGUCGAGGACUUUGAUAAGCUGAGGGCUGCUGGUGUGAACGUCGUAGGGAGCGUGGUCUUAGCGCGGUACGGUGGGAUUUUUCGCGGGGACAUCAUUAGGAACGCGCAGCUGGCUGGCGCUAUAGCUGCAAUCGUGUACACUGACGCCAAGGACUACGGUGGCGGUGCCCGUGGUAAGUGGUUUCCAAACGACCGGUGGAUGCCGCCGAGCGGCGUGCAGGUGGGAAGUGUAUUUCGCGGUCUUGGGGAUCCAACCACGCCAGGUUGGGCCAGCGUCAGUGAUUGCGAGCGUGUGAGCGUCGACGAGGUGGUCGCUAGAGGCCUCAUGCCGGGGAUCCCGUCGCUGCCGGUAUCGUCUAGAGAUGGUGAAGCGAUUCUGAAGACGAUUGGAGGAGAAGUGGCUGCAGCCGAUUGGCAGGGCGAAGAAGGAGCUCCAGUAUACCGGCUUGGCCCGGGGCCGGGUUUCGUCAAUCUGACCUACCUGGGGAAUGAAACCAUAACGACGAUCCAGAAUGUGAUAGCUGUGAUAAAAGGCAAGGCAGAGCCAGACCGGUACGUGAUCAUUGGUAAUCAUCGUGAUGCAUGGACAUUUGGAGCAGUCGACCCAAACAGUGGAACUGCUGCUUUGCUUGAGUUGGCCCAAAGAUUGGAAAAGUUGCAAAACAGAGGCUGGAAACCACGAAGAACCAUUGUUAUUUGUAAUUGGGAUGCGGAGGAGUAUCACCUGCUAGGUUCAACCGAAUGGGCUGAAGAUAACAGAGAGAUAUUAUCGUCUAGGGCUGUAGCAUAUUUAAACGUAGAUUGUGGAGUAUCGGGUCCUGGGUUUCAUGCCUCUUCAACCCCUCAACUUGAUAAACUGCUCAAAGAGGCAUCCAAGAAGGUUCAAGAUCCUGAUAACUCAUCUCAGACUCUGUACGAUUCAUGGGUUACUUCUGAUUCUCCUCUGGUAGGAAGGUUAGGUGGUGAUGGAAGUGAUUAUGCGGCUUUUGUUCAACAUAUUGGCGUGCCUUCAGUUGACAUUAGGUUCGGACGAGGUUAUCCUGUUUACCACUCCAUGUAUGAUGACUUCGUGUGGAUGCAAAAGUAUGGGGACCCACUCUUCCAUAGGCAUGUUGCAGCUGCAAGCAUUUGGGGACUGGUUGCUUUAAAACUGGCAGAUGAGGAGUUCUUGCCUUUUGAUUAUAUGUCCUAUGCUUCUGAGCUCCAGCAAAGAGCGAAGGUGUUGGAAAACGAAUUGCUUGGAAAGCCAGUGAGUUUUUCUUCUUUAUACAAAUCUAUAGAAGAUUUCAAAAAUGCUGUUGCAAAAGUUAACAGCCAAAUGAAGGAAUUAGAAAGCAAGGUUUGGUUGUCAAAAUGGAAGAAAGAGCCAGUUAAGGUUCGGGAGCUUAAUGAUCGGCUAAUGUUGACAGAGAGGGCAUUUACUGAUCGAGAAGGCCUAUUUGAAAGGCCCUGGUACAAGCAUCUGAUUUAUGGGCCAUCACAGCAUAAUGGAUAUGGAUCAGAAUCAUUUCCUGGCAUUGAUGAUGCCGUUAAGAAGGCAGAAACUUCAAACACAUCAUCUUCGUGGCAAUCUGUACAGCACGAAGUUUGGAGAGUUGCUAGAGUAAUCACUCAGGCUUCCCAUGUUCUUAAGGGGGAGCUUACAUGAUUGCAUGCUCUUAGACAGUAAGCAAAAUUUAUAAAUAUGUACUUAAAAAAACAGAGGAAAACAUAGUGUGCUAUAUUUUUUCUCCUUGUAAUCUUGGCAAUUGGGGAUGAUAAGGAUCAUUUUCCUGUAGUAAUAAGCUCAUGGCAGCCAUCAUUCCGAAAUUUUUAGUUUUAAAAUCUAUGUUAAUACCUUUGUGUAA